CUUCGAUGGUGCAAGGAACCUCCAACCAUUCGGAGUAGUAUACCCGUACCUGAGAGUCACGUGAAGUCCUUGAAACUUACAAUUAGAUACCGCGUGGAUCUUUCGAUCUUCCAGCUUACGAGAACCACCCUCGUAUGUGUUAUCCAAACAACGGUGAACCGAAGUAGACUUAAAUUUAUCCGUCAAAGAGCAAAUAGUGUCAUAACAGGUAUAUUUAGAAAAAUAAAAUUGUCAACUCUUGGAAAAAAAGUAUCCAGGAAGAUUGAGGGUAUCGAAGGUUGCGAAAGGACAGAAUUUUUUACGAAAGGAAUUUUGAAACUUUAAAGGGAGCAAAUUAUGUACACUGUGGUAUGAAAGAAUAAAAAUUAUUAACUGGUAGUAGACAGCAUUGUAUACAACAUCCAUUAAUAAGUUACACGAGACAAAAUUUCCCAGAAUAAUUCAUAGUACAUAUCUACGAAUGAACGAACCACCCUUUGAAAAUAAAAUAUAGAAAAAGAAUCUCCAAAAAUCUACUUACCAAAUAAUAUUUCCCGCCAAUAGAAAUUAACAAAAAUAUACUAAAAGUUAUCCCAACGUCACCGUAAAUUAUCAUCAAAAUCCUAUGACAUUGCGAGGAACGAUUGUGUCAUCGUACAUCUCCCAUCUGUGCUGUCGAUCAAAUUCCCGUUUGGUGGAAAGCGUGGAGUUGAAAUCUGAGGAAUAAAGGGUACAAUGGAGGUGGCGACGCGAAGGAUCAAGGGAUAAAAAGAGACGUAAGGAUAGAUGAAAAGGGACAGAAGGUUCCUCCCCUAAAAAUCCCCCGUCAAUUAAUCUUCCCCCGGGUUGUGGUCUUCCGGGUCUGAAAAAGAGCGGCGCGGACGCAGCCGUCAAAGAAAACACCCACAACAAACAAGCGGCAAAAGAGCAAGAAGAGGCCGGCAGCAACAAAGCGGCCGACGAACAAGAAGAGAGGCAAACGGCGAACGAGAGAAAGGGUGAAGCGCGAAGAAGAGGAGGUGUCGGUCGCUGUUCCUCGGCCGUGGCCGGCACGUGCGCGCACCGACUCUCCUCGUGACUCGGAAGAAGGGCUCGGCCCGCAGGAAGGAACGAAGAAGGAGAAGAGAAGAGGAAGCGUGUGAAGCGAAAAGUGGCGGCAGUUCGCCGCGAACCGUCAACGAGGACGUGUAUCGAGCAGAGACCGGUUCGAGCUGGAGCGUUUUCACGCGUUCUGCCACCACGUGGUCUUUGCACUCCGCUUCGACAGAAAACGAGCAAGUUUUUUCAUUCAUCUUUUCCAACAGUAUUCUUUCGCAUGGAACAUAUCAUCGAGCGGAUAUACAUUGACUCGUGUCGAAUGUCACGUCGGACAUCGAUUAUUAUAGAGAGGAAUCGAGGUUUUUGUCACGUUGAUGACAGUAUGACGAAUUAUCGUGGUGUUUUUGGCUUGUGAAGCAUUGUCACGAGGAGAGAUGCAGAGGGUGAAGAUGAUCGAAGGGUGAUCGGGAAGUUGAGGUUGGUUUACUCUGGGAAGCUUCCUGAGUGGCAUUGGAGUACUUACGAUCGGCGAACACCCGGAACUAAGCAACGAGAAGAUGAGAAUGGAGCUGCAGAUCUCAGUGUGCCUGACGGCUCUUAUGCUGACGAUAGCCGCCGAAGAGAAACCAACGAACACCGUUUCCGUGUCUUCUAGCACGGCAACGAUCCAGAGCAACACGAUCCAGAAAUUAAUCAAGAUUUUGGAGAAAUACGGUUUAGAAGAGCAGAGAGGCCUAAAGAGGGUUUACCUCAGCAACAGGUCGAUCACAUGCAACGACGGAUCCCAGUCAGGGUUUUACCUGAGAAAGUCGCAUGGUUCCAAGAGGUGGAUCAUCUUUUUAGAAGGUGGCUGGUACUGCUACGACCAUAAGAGCUGCAGAAACAGGUGGCUCAGGCUGAGGCAUCUGAUGACGUCGACUCAGUGGCCUGAGACACGCGACGUUGGUGGCUUGUUAUCAGCUAAUCCGGAAGAGAAUCCGUACUGGUGGAAUGCGAAUCACGUAUUCGUCCCUUAUUGCACGAGUGACAGUUGGAGCGGUACUAGAGCUUUACCGAAUGACAUGUUUUCCUUCAUGGGUGCAGAGAUUGUACUGCAAGUGGUGCGGGAUCUAAUUCCUCUUGGACUUGAGAAUGCAAGCUCCCUUCUUUUGGCUGGUAGUAGCGCUGGUGGAACCGGUGUCAUGUUGAAUUUGAAUCACGUGCACAGCUUAGUUCAUCACAAUCUGGGAUUGAAACAUAUCGCGAUAAGAGGUGUGUCGGAUUCGGGCUGGUUUCUCGACAGGGCUCCCUAUUCACCAAACGGUUUGUCACCAGUUGACGUUGUUCACAAGGGGAUGGAACUUUGGAAGGCUCGAAUGCCGCACAAUUGUGUCAAUAAGUACCCAAACGAACCGUGGAGGUGCUACUUUGGCUACAGACUAUAUCCAACGUUGACUGCGCCGCUGUUCGUCUUCCAAUGGCUGUUUGAUGAGGCGCAGAUGUCGGCGGAUAACGUGGGUGCACCGGUGACUAAGCAACAAUGGGAUUAUAUACACAAGAUGGGUGACAGUCUGCGACAGACAUUUGAAAACGUUAGCGCGGUCUUUGCCCCGAGCUGUAUUAGUCAUAGCGUUCUGACGAAAAGAGAUUGGCAGUUGGUCAAAAUAGAUGAGAUUUCCUUGGCACAGGCGUUGCACUGUUGGGAGCAAAUACCGAUUGGGAACCGUCGAAACGACACUCGUUCGCCAAUUGAGACGAACCAGCCGUGCGCGAAGUCAUUGCGGAAGCUACUACGAUCCGGUCUGACGAAGGGAAACGGAACUUCGUUUGAACCGGGAAGAAGCGGAAAGAGCGACUUCAUAGCGGAGUUGCAAAAAGUCAGAUCGUCGAUGAUCGAUAAAUCGAUCGAGAGGAAGAUUUCGUCUAACGCCCUGAUGCAGGACAGGGAGAACAAAAAGAGGAAGAGACGGAAGCACAAAGGCAAACGCAGGGACAGAAAUAAGAUAUCGAAGAUGAAGAAGGAGAAACAUGAGCGCAGAAAAUCUACAGGUCGUCGGAAGGGUAACAAGCAGAACAACGACAGCAACCAUACAGGCAUGUUCAACGGUACCAGACCGCAGCGCUCGGUGAUACCAUCUGGCAAACGGAAGUGUGUCCAGGGCUGCCACUUCCGGUUAAUCGAACGUUGCACUUGGCCGCAGUGUAAUCACAGCUGCCCAAAGCUGCACAACCCGUUCACCGGCGAGGAAAUGGACUUCAUCGAGCUGUUGAAGAGCUUCGGCCUCGAUAUGAAGAGCGUGGCGAACGCGUUGGGUAUCGAUAUACAAACGUUGAACAGUAUGGAUCACGACGAACUGUUAAAUCUUCUUACGCAACGAGCGAACUAACUCGUCGCAUUAAGAAGAUACAUUCCAUAAGAAG